UGCUAGAAUUUGCCCUUUUACGGUAAUUAUCUCCGGGGUUUAGCAGUUUUGUUACAUCGAAGUAUACAACAUUGAACAUUCGAAAAAUCGUAGGGAAUGAUUUUGAGAACACGAUAAUUGUCUGAAACAGACCCCCCACUAACGUUUAAGAAAUCCAUCACUGAAAAUGUUAAUGAUUUAUUAAACUUUCGCGCGGAAAAAUUACGCAUGGAAGAAGUUGUGCAUUUCUUAAGUUACUCUGCAGAACAAACAUGAAGCGCUUCUGUUAGAGUUAAUCGAAUGGGAUAUUUUGGUUAUUCUGCGAAAGAUAUGCGAAACUUGCCCGAGUGUUGGAUGGAGUUACAUCAGUGGACAUGCCACAUAUAUACCACAAAUUAAUUUACGUAAUCAAACAUAUUGAUACACUAUACAAUAUCUGUAACCAGAGAUGAUUGUUUAAUGUUGAUUUGCAGACGAAGUUUGUAAACAUUAAACAGUCCUGCGUCUUGUAGUGUACGUAAAGUGGCACUAACCUGUAAUGGGAGGAGGAGAUUUGAACUUAAAGAAGUCAUGGCAUCCAUCUACUACAAGAAAUAUUGAGAAAGUAUGGAAAGCAGAGCAAAGACAUGAUGAGGAGCAAAAAAGAAUUAAUGAUCUGCGUCGUGAAAUAAUUGCAGAAAAGGACAAGGAAGAUAUAAAGAAAUAUGCUGAAGAUAGUGGCGUAAUUGAGAAGAAAAAUGAACAUAAACUGGAAUGGAUGUACAAGAAACCAGGAGAGUUAGUGGACAGAGAAGAGUACCUUCUUGGCAGAUCUAUUGACAAAACCUUUGAGCAAAUUCAGGAGUCUGAAAAAGCAGCAGCAUCAUCUUCAUCGGUAGUUGAUAUUAAUCUUGCUGAGAAAGGUGGUGAGCAUUCUUCAUUUGCUAGUCUCCUUGCACCUCAAGUUGAUCUAGCGAGGAAACUACAGGAGGAUCCCUUGUUUGCUAUUCGAAAGAAAGAGCUUGAAACUCGUAGCCAGAUACUAAAAAAUCCUGUGAAGCUAAAGAAGCUUCAGCAGCUGCUAAGUUCCCGCAGUUCAUCAAAACCGAAAAAAUUAAAGAAAGAAAAAAAGAAAAAGAAGAAAAGGAAGAAAAAUAGCGACAGUGAAGACAGCGAUAGUGAUAUUGAUGCUGUUCUUUUAGACAAAUACAAGAAAUUGAAAGAGAAGCUUAAAGAAACAGACCUAGCUGUAUUGAAAACUAUUUGUGUUGAUACUGAUAAAGACAAAAAACUGUCUUCGAAGCCAAAAGAUUCCAAGAAAAGAAAACAUGACAGAAGUUCACUGGAUGAAGAAGAUUAUCAUCAAAAGAAGGACAGACAUCAGGACAGGGACAGCACGGAACAUAAUAAUCCAAAGACUGAUUCAAGGCAUCAGCAUAAACCAACCUAUACAGAUAAAUACAAGGGUGACAGGAACUGGAAGAAGCCGGAAAAAAAGAAAUUAACUGAGGAAGAAAUUGAACGCAGAAGGGCAGAAAUGUUAGAUAACGCCAAAUGGAGGGAACAAGAACGGGACAAGAACAUAGCCAGAAAUAAAGCACAGGAAGAAUAUGAGAAAAAGCAGAUGAAAGAUUUUGAUAAAGAUUUUAUAAGGAAGCAACUUUCAAUUGCUGCAUCCCAAGAGACGGUUGAAGGGCGUAUUCGAUCAAAUAUGAACAACAUCCAGAGGUCUGGAAUGGCAAUGGACAAAAAUUUUGCUCGAAGGUGAUGAAUACUGUGUAAGACGAAUCAACAAACUACUGCCUUGUGUGAAAGAGUGUGAUACAGCCAUUGUUAGUUCUUGUGUUGAGUUUUUAUUUUUAAAAUAAAAUUUAUGUUUGAUACCUUA